CGACCGAGCCGCGAAAUGUCCGAACGCCUCGUUUCUCUCUUGCUCUCUCGCUCUCCCAGGCGCGCAUGCGCAGUGGGGAGGGUGAGCCGUUAAGGCGUCCCAUAACGGCCAAAGAAGACCUACUGUUAGUUCUCCUUGAAGCCAGCUUUGGAGGCACAUGAUUACUGAAGCGUCUUGAAAUAAUACAUUGCUUUGUAAAUGUCUCUACUGCUGAAUCUCUUAAGACAACUUCUGGAAUACUAUGGAGUGCCACCAGAUCAGUUCCUACAAAGGUGUGAAGUUUGUCUUAAUCGUAUUGCUUAUGUGAUUGGAUCCCACCUUUCUUCAUCUAUUGUCUCAAGAACACAUUUCCAACAGUUAUGUGACAUCUCAAGGAGAUGUUUGAUGUCCUUGGUUUGGGAAAGAAAAAAUUAUGGAUCUACCCGAAGUUUUGUUCGCAGAUUGGGGAAAUAUCUUUCAUUAACUCCUUGUCCAAGGCCUCACUUUCAGUUGGUCAGAAAUAUGAAUUCUUUAGAAUCUGAACAGAGAAGCAUUGUUAACUCUCUUACACCAUCCAUUGCUGAUGUUUUCUGGAUACCUGAUGAUGACAACGAACCAUAUAAUAAAUUCAGCUCUGAUGAAUGGAGAGAGGCUGUGACUUCAUCUAUGCUUCCUGUGUCAGUGCCAGCUUCACAAAAAGCAACUGUUGUGGAUCAAGACACAGUCAGAAAAAUCUCUACUCUUGAGAAUGAGUUAUCUCUUCUUCGUAGACAAAUUGCUGCACUUGUGGCAGUGCACAGUGCUGGAAAUGAUCCAACUUGCAAGCCUAUUUAUGUGGAGCCAGGCUCAGAUUCUGUGAAUUCAUCAAACAGAUCUUCUAGUGGUUUCCUCCAGGCAACAAUGUCUUCUACACCAGUUCCUGCCACUUUUUGUAACAUAGAUAUGCCUCCCCCACCUCCUGUACUGCAGUCUAAUUUUGAUUCUUCUAAUUCAGUAAUUGAGCUUAUUAAACAACGACAGGCUGAAAGGAAGACUAAAAAUAUUGAAGAAAAUGGUGGUUGGCAGGAAGUUAAAACUGUUCCUAGCAUGAUGGAUGUUCUGAAGGAUAUUAAUAAAGUUAAACUAAGAGUGGUUGAGAGAUCACCUGGAGGUACUCCAAUGCCCAAAAGGAAGAAGAAAAUGCAAUCACAGUGGGAUCCAGCAGCUGUAAUAGCAGAAGCUCUUAAACAGAAAUUUUCAUCACAGAGCAAUGGUGAUGAUUCAUUUGAUAAAGAAAACAGAUCCUAUGGUGCAUCUCCAUUUUCCAGUCCAGAACCCCCAAUGGUUGUGUGUCAUAUUUCAAAACCAAGUACGAAGCAGACACAGACUAGAACUGAGGGUCUGAUAUAUUCCUCAACUACCAAGACAGUAAUUCAUCUUUAGCUAUGCUCAGGACCUCUGGAAAAAAGCUGUGCUAUCUGCAGUUGCUGAGACUACUUUUUAUUAGUUUCAUAUAAAAGAUGCCUUCUGUGAUAUAAGGCAAUGGCCACCUGUUUUUUAUUAUUAAAAAAAUAGCUGAACAAGUUCACAUGGAAUUUGCUUUUAUACAAAACUUUGUAAUAUUUGUUUUUUAUCUUUUGUGGUUUGGGAAGUUAAGUAAACUUGUAGAAAAGAUAAAAGUAAUGGAAAAAUGGAAAGAAAAUGGGAAUAAAUGCAAAUGUUAAGUUUAUCUGGUUCAGAUGCUAAUAUAUUGAUGGUGCUUGAAGAAACAGUGUGUUUUAAAGAAGUAUAUGUGGACUGUGCAUUAAGUCCAUGGAAUACAGUGAAAGACUAUAAAGAAACCAGGGGAUGUAUAUGUGUAUUUUAAAUUUAUUACUGAAUUAUCCCUUUUGACCAUUUUACUACUCUGUAUAUUCAGCUUAUAAAAUAAAAUCUUUUAUGUGUAGACUGUGCUCCUUUCCCAUGAUUGCAGUAUUUUCGAUUUCACAGUUCUUAUCUGUGAAGACUUAUAAGCUAUCAGUAACAACAACCCCCCUUUUUGUAACUUACAGUAUGCUACACAUAUUGGGAAUAUUAUCAAGAAUAAGCACACACCUCUUCUUCCAUAUAUAGCUAUAUCCUGGCAUGCCUGUCAUAUGGCAAAUAUGUGUUUAACAGAUUCUGUUAAUUUAUGCUAACCUCAUGGUCUGUUGCAAAUUCCUUAGUAUAUCUAUGCACAGUAUACUGCCUCAUGCAUAGGGAAUUAUGCCAUAUAGUGAUUUUUAUUAGUGGAAAUGUUGGUAAGGUAGCAAGAAAAAGACAACAAACAGUCCAGAAUACAGUAUUGGUUUCCUUGCCAAAGAUGAAAAGUGCUUAUUUGUCACAAUUUAUUUCUUAGUAGCUACAGUGCUCUUAUCAUCAGCACAUAUUCCUUUCUUAAAAAGAAUAAUUGUUUGUUUCAUAUUAAUAUUUACAAAGACGUGCCAUGAGAGGUCACAAAUAAUAUGUUAACAAUAAAUGUGGGAGUUGUAGUUUUAACUUUGAAUAUGUCUCCAUGACUGACUGAUGAUCAUGAAUAAAGUGUCACUCUUGAGCUAGCUGUGUUGAUACCAUUAUAUGCCUGUGCUAGUACAGCUUUUAAUAGUAUCCAAUUUACAGUGAGCUGUAACCUUUCACACUUUAAAAUAGCUAAGCAGAAAGUGCCAAACACUUAGUUCUGGUAAGUACAGUGAGUUGCAAUGAAAGCAGCAAGCCUAAUGUCAUAUGUCCCCAGGUCAGAGGGAGGCUGCAGCAGUCUGGAUUAUCACGAUUGAUACACCCUACAAAUUUUAUGAGAAGUCCAAAACGCACAGAAAUAAUCCAGUUUGAGACUACUUUAACUUCACUGGCUCAAUUUUAAGGAAUUCUGGGAACUAGUUUUGUGAGACAUUUAGCCUCUGUCAGAAAGCUCUAGUGCCACAAUAAACUACAAUUACAAUUCUCUAGACAAUGGAGGGAGGAUGUUCAAGCACUGUUUGGACAAUCAUGCUUUCCUGGUAAAUAAUGGGAAGCACCAGGUUACCUUAAUACUAACCAUCCAGCACCUAGGCAUCAUUAUAGACACAGAAUAGCAUAUCCUUCAUACUUGGAACACUACCAGCACCAUCUUGACAAAAUGUAGUCCUGUGACUAACGUCAAUUUUCUUCUGUUAUGCUAACAUCUUUACCUGAUGAAGACCUUUGCCAGCAGAGCUUCGAAUGCUUGUGACAUAUAUUUUAAGCAUUUUGGUUGUCCCAAUAAAGGCAUCACUGUUUUGUGGAUUUGGGGUGUUAUUGUAGUUGUGGUAAUGUUACACAUUUCAUCUGCAAGUAUUAUAAAGGGGAGAAAAAUAUGAGAGCAAUAGCUCUUUAAAGGUCAAUGAAUGGAAGUAAAAGGUUGUUUUGAUUUAUUUAUUUAUUACUCUGCCCACUAUUCUAUUGUUUUUAGAUUUUAGUCUUUGUA